CUCCAAAAUCGAAUCAACAAUAAAGUGAAAACCACUAAGGCAUCCUAUUAUCACAAUAGUUUUAUUCAAUCCGAAGGAAAUGCUCGACGGGCUUGGAAAACUACUAACAGCCUGAUGUCUCGUCGUCAGAGCAACCAGAUAGUGAAGGAUGUGAAAGUAAAUGACAUCUCUAUCUGUAACUCUAACGAGAUUUCCAACGCCUUUAACGAACACUUCUCAACUAUUAGCCCCAGACUAGCCCGCGAAAUACCUUUAACUUCGGACGAGGGGUCUCUUUAUUUAAAAAAUAUUACUGAAAAUUAA